ACCUUCGUACGAGACAGAAUGUCUAAUGUGUCUUUUGUUAGAAUAGGAAGAUGAUUAUGUAUAAAAAGAGAACACCAGAUCUUUUAUUUAAAAGUCGAACCGAAGAAGGAACUAAUUCUAAUUUGAUCAAAAAACAUAUAAUUGGUGCAAAAGAAAAGUUUCGGAAGUAUUGUUGUUUAAAUAAAAAUGAAUUUGACUUUGUACUCAGUUUUAUUAGUGAAGAAAUCCAACCGAAAAAGCGACACGCUAUUUUAGCGGAGGAUGAAAAAUUAUAUCUAACUCUAAUAUAAUAUUCUCUAAUAAAUACUCAAAACCCUUUCAUUCAUUAAAUGAUCUUGAUUCGCCUGAGUAGACAAAUCAGUGGGCACUGGUACGGUACUUUUUUUUUAAAUAUGUGUGAGCUCUCUGCGGUCGCGACACCACUGGAACUGCAGUCUGCGGUCGCUGCACGCCGCAGACGCAGUCUGCGCACCGCGGCUGCAGGCCGCAAUGUCGCCGCGCUCGGAAUCAAUUUCAUAGAGAUUCA